AUGACACCGUAUCGAUACCAUAAUCAGAAACAAAUAAAAAUGAUCAACAAAAGAGAAUUAAAUGUACCAACAUUUGAAGUGAAGUCAGUAUUGGCUAUAGAGAAUGAAGCAUUACCACAAUAUUGGUCAGUUGAAUUGACUAAUACAAACACUCCAGCUUAUAUUAAUCUGGCAGCUAUAUUUUGUGAUUCAAUUUUAAGUAGUUUGAAACUCGGAAAUCCAUCAUUGUCAAACGAUGCAAAAUGUACUAAUGUUACAUUCACACCAGUUGAGUCCUCAAAUCGUCUGAAAAGACAGGUAGACGCGACCUUAAAUCAAAAUAGAGAACAAGGUAUUCAAGGAACAGCGAAUAUAGAAAUUCCAACUCCUCAAGCAAAAGAACUGACUACAGAAGCAUUUACAAAUAUUAUUAAUUCUGGUAAUGAGAAAUCAGACAACAAAGCCGGACUGAAGUUAUCUAAUGUGAAAACUAAAAUUCCAGUAGAUCACACCGGAACUAUCAUCGCCAUAGCUGCUGCUGCUACUGGAAUUUUACUAAUUGUAAUUGUUAUUGGAAUCAUUUAUAAAUAUCGUCAAAGAAAUGCCGCUUUAACAUUAAAUCAUCUUAAAUAA